GGCUCACACCGGGGCUGCCAAGCUCUGCCUCCCGCCAUUGCGGUGUCCUCACCGCCUCUCCUUCCCAAACGCCAGUCCUGGUGACAAGGAGAAGCUCAGGGUUUCAAGUCUCAGGGUCAUGGAGUCGUUAAGGCUGGAAAAGAUCUCCACGAUCAUCAAGUCCAGCCUUCGACCUCCGUGCCCAAGCUCUCCAGAAAGUGUUACUGCUAACAAGAGUUUGUUUUGGACACACAGCACUGCUUGCUCCCACAGAGGAGGCUGCAUUAGCUGACUGACAAGUCAGAUCCAGUGUCCAUCCAUAACCGUGGUAUAUUUAUCUGGGAUUUGGCACAGGGAGCCAUCCUAGGCACUUUGUUUUAUCCCCAUGGGGCUCCUCUGACCCUUGGCAAGCUCUGCUCAGAGUCAGAGCACAGUGCUCCAGCCAUGAGGAUUUCCCUCUUAUCAGGGUUUGUCUCACACCAACAAAACCACCAUAGAUGAGGUCUAUGAAGUAUCUACAGAGGCAAUUUGCAAGUUAUAAACUUCCCAGGGUGAUAAUUGAGUUUAACUUCACAUUCUGAGGAGUGUUCUGGCCAAUGCAGAUAACAGUGUCAGUGUGAUCCCUUGAACAGUGAUUUCAGUCCUGAGCAACACUUAAAAUAAUAAAAAUGUGAUAAAAUAAUCACAUUGUUCCUUCAGUGGUGAACAUAAGUCCAUGGAAUCACAGAGUGGUUUGGUUGGAAUAUUGAGCACAUGUAAGAACACACAGUCACCAACCUACCAUGGUCCUUGUGGGUCUCUUCCAGCCCUGGUUAUUCUGUGAAACCUUUGAAGCAGAAAUCAUUUCCUCUCAUGUUUGACUGCCCAGAAAACCAUGUGAUUGUAGCAUAAAAUGUGAAGGUUUUCUGUGAGGGUGAAUUUAUCUGACCUCUUAGCUCAGCUGCAGUUCCCACUGUGCUGUCUCAACUUCUCAUGGACAGCAAGGAACAGGAGGAAAGAUUCCACUUUAAAAACACUUUGAGACAUAAAAAUCCAUGAAUGUGCCUAUUCUUAAUUAUUUCUUAAAAUAAAAAUCCAGUGAAAACAAAAGUGACCAUGAACCAUAUGGAAGGUUCUCUGCCCAUGGCAGGUGGGUAGAACAAGAGAGCCUUUAAGCUCCAUUCCAACCCAAACCAUUAUGAGAUUCUAUGGCUUUGUGAUCAUUUUAUCUGUCCUUUGGGUAGGGAGGAGGGAAUGUGAGGGAAUUUGGGAAGAGGAGUCAAUCCAGCUGAGAGCAGAGGUGCCAGCUUUGCUGCCUUUGCUCUGUUCCUGUCCCAUCCCUGCAGGCAGAACAUGGGAACGUGCUUGGAGAGGACACAGUCACAGCACUCUGCCUAAGAAUCCCCAAAAAUUCUUCAUAAAUGAGGGGCUAAACUGCCCUGGGGUGUGUGUGGUGAGUAGGGCAGAAAGCUCUCAGCCCUUUCUGAGCUCAGGUGCAAAGGAAUAGCUCCAAAAAUGCAGAUUUUUAACAUUUCCUGCUGGGAGUGCUGGGAAUGCCUCUGCCCUGACCACACACACUUUGUCCUGGUUUUGCACUGAUGUUAUCUCAUGUUUGGAGAGGUGUCCUCAAGCUCAUCUUUCCUUUGCUUGAAGGGAAGCUGUCCCAAUGGCCUCAGAAGCACCAAGUGAGGAUGCAGAAGGUGCAGCUGAGCCUCCUGCAGCUCCUGUGCAGGGGAACAGCACAUUCCAGUGGGGAUCCAUCCUUGCUGCAGUGAAGGACCAGCUCCCAUCCCUGGACUCUGACUCCUCCACAUCUGAUUGUGAGAGUGAUGAGGAGCUUUUCAUCUUCCAGAGGGACCUGCCCAACUUAAUUCCAGACCUGUCAGAGGAACUGAUGAUGUUUGCCCUGGAAGACUCCCAGGAGCAGCAAAUCCAGGAGACAGAAAGACUUCCAUGGGAGAUCUGGAACGAAGACCUGGAAAGUUUUGACUUUCAGGAAAAAACAGAUGGUGCCCAAAUCAUUGCAAAAGAAGAUGUACAAAUGAUUAAAGAUGAGGCUGCUGAACCUGCCAGCCAGACUGAAGAAAUGCCAAGACAAAAGAGAGCUGUUCUUGAAGAGUCUCCCUCAGAUUCCACAGAUCACCUUGAGGGGAAGGAAAUGGGCAGGACUCAGGCCAAGGAAAGAGCAAACUCCUGGCCUAUCACAGCAGUGCCUGUGCAAGAGCUGUACACUAAAGAGGAGAGAAAAAAGCUGAUAGAGACAAAGAUACUGUCCAAGGUCCUUGUGGAGCCAUCCCCAAAGCAGGAGCUCAAACCUCCCUCCCAUGGCAUCAACAACAGCCUGGGAAGAUUUGCAAAGGCAGAAACCUCCUCAGAUGAGCGUCUUGGAGAAGUGAUCCAUUUGUCAUUGCAGGCUAUUGAGAAAUGGAACGCAGACAAGAAUCUUGAGGAGCUAGAGCAGCAGGGAGAUAAAACUCGUGCAGAAGUUGCUUUCUUCCCAGCAGAUUAUGAGUCCUUCAGGAGGAAGUGUGAAGAGGAGCUGAUGGAAAGGCUGGGGGAGCUGUGUGCCAGGCAGACCAGGGCAGUGUCCCCUGCCUGUGAGAGGCCCUCAGCCAAGCUCUGCUCCUUCCAGGGACAGCAGGACAAUGAGGAUGUUGCCUUGCCCUCAUCCCCACCCAGUUCUCUGAGGAUGGGCAGGAUGAGUUUCCAGGACGUGCCAAAACGUGCAACUGUGUACAUAGAUCUGAGAGAUGCUGAGCCACCAAAGCCAGUGACAGUCCCUGAAGAGAAACAAAGUGCAAGUGACAGCUCCUCCUCCUCCUCCUCUGAAGAAGAAGAAGAGACUGUGACAAUUCAGGAUGAAGCAGGAAGGAGAAUGAGGAAUUGCUCAGGGAAGAGCCUGUUACUGCAACAACUCCGAGCAGCCCGGAAGGAGGCCUUGGAGCUUCUUCACAAAACAUCUCUUGCAGCUGAGAAACUGCAGCCAGAAAGGCUGGAAGACACAGAUUCCUCUAAUAAAAGUCAAACCCAAUCUUGUAAAGUGAGGCAAGAGACAAAUGAGGUGGUUCCCAGGAAACUGAUGAGAUUGGAACCCAGCAAGGAAAGUCUCCCCUUUUCAAGCUGUGGGGGUGACAGAUCUGACACAGAGAAAGAGAACAAAAUGGAAGCUGAGAAGAUUCCAAGUGCAGGAAAUGCUCCAGAGUGUCCUCUGAUUACAGCAGAAUUGCCAAGGAGAGAAAGAAGUGCCAGAGAGCUAUCCCAAAAGGAAGAGGAGAUGCAGGAGAGGCAGAGGAGAUGCAGAUUGCAGGAGCAGCUGGAGCAGUGGCAGCCUCAGCGCUCGGUGUGGGGGAAGCAGCCCAUGGCAGAGAACACCCCGAAGCCUCUUUUUUGCCAGCUAUUGCCACGUUGCCUGGAUGCUGCAGUGUGAGGAGGGAGCUGCUGCUGCUGACCAUUUGGCUGGCAAGCUGUGGCCAGGUGGCCACGGAUCAGUGUGAGGGGCAGGUGCCUGACAGGGUGCUGGGAGCUGCCAACAUCUACCAGGCCCUGCUGACGUGGCUGCUGUCCCUGGUGCCUCCUGUGACGAGGAAGGAUGGUCCCAAAGCUCCAUUUGAGGUGGUGGGGCUGCAGCAGGCCUGGACAGAGGAAGGCUUGGCCCUGUAUGCCUGCUUGGUGGCACCAGAGGAACCUCCAGCCCAGAGCCACGAGGCAGCAGCUGCAGAACAUCUCCAGGGAUCACCCAGCUUUUACCAGAAGAUUUCUGCAUUUCUGACUUCUACAUGGCUUCCAGACCUUAUCUGGUGGAGAGAUGAACUGGCCAGUCACUUCCAAAAGCAGCUGUGCCCACUUGUUCCUGCAGUUCCCUCUGUCCUGCUCAGUAACAUCACUGCUGUUAAUCCUGACCCUCAGGAGGUUGCCAUGGUGCUGCUGUUUGAGGCUCUCUUCCAAAACCCCCUGGAGACCCAUCACACUCUGAGGCUGCUGCUGGGCUCUGGGCUGGAUGUCUGCGGCCUCCGCCUGCUCUACCCCGGCCAGGAGCUGCUGCUCUCCAGCUCAGAAAAGCUGCCUUCCUCCUACACUUCAGAGCCUGGCGAGGUGCCCCCAGUGCUGGCAUUAGGCGUGAGAGGCCCCAGAGCCCACGGGAUCCUGCAGGACAUCACCCGAGGCUGUGGCAGGGCGGAGCCUGUCGUGUCCCUGCCCCUGGCCAGCCGGGUGCACCGGGAGCUGUGCCUGUGGUUCGGAGGGAGAGCUGCUGGAAUGCUGCCCCCGCCUGCCAGCUCUCAGAGACCUUCCCCAGCUGGGGCAGGAGCAGAUAAAGAAAAAGUUGACCUCCAGGGCUUGAUGCUGCCUCGACCUCCAGCCAUGCUUGUCUCAACUACCAAAGGGGACAUCAUUCUGCUGGUGUCACCUGUGGUGCCUCCGUGUGCCUUUGGGGCCGUGCUUUCCGCCUGUGCCCGCCGGGGCUUUGUGCUGCAAGGACUGCGGCAGCUGCAGCUCUCAGCACAGCAGGGCCUCGUGCUGGGCAUGGCAGCAGGGCAGAUUGCUGUCUUUUGCCCUGGCAAGAGCUCAGGCUCACCUGCUGGUGCUGCAGGAGGAGAAGUCCCCGGUGAGCCCCGCAGGCACUGCCUGGUGCUGCUGCUGAGGAGGGAGAAUGCCACACAUCACAUCCCUGCCCUGCUGACAGGGCUGAUGGAGGAGCUGGCAGAGGCAGGCCCUGGCAUUGGGCACAGCCUCCCCCCUGCAGCUGCUGGACAGGAGCCGUCGCUGUGCUUCCACGGGGCUCCGUACGCCGCGGCCGCGCUGCUCAGCCUGGGAGGAAACCUCAGCGUGGUGCCAGAGCCCCAUCCCAUCCCUCUGGAUUUCCUGAGCCACCGAGCUUUCGCUGCUGAGCCCGGCAUGGAGCAGGUGGUGAUGCUGACCCUGGUGGGGAUGAAGGCUCUGAAGAGUGCUGGGCAGCUCCUCCAGCAGAUCCUGCUGCCCCCCCUCAGGGAUCAGCCUCAGAGUGCAGGACUCGAGCUGCUGGGCCUGAAGUGGCUGCCCCACCUGACUGGGCGCCAGGCCAGGGAGGUGACCCCUUUUGAGGCUGGGGACACUCAGUGGCAGAGCAGCCUGGGCACGCUGACGUCCAGCCCUGUGCUGGUGUGCGCGCUCCGCGGCAUCGACGCCUUCCUGGCCCUGGGAGCUGCCCUGCAGGGAUGGACACAGAGCAGGGACAGGCUCUGCACAGGGGACAGCCUCCCACAGGCACUCAUGGCCCUCACACCAGAGGUGACCUUCAGACAAGCCAUCCUCUUCUUCACAGAGGCAGAUUUGGUCACUGAUGCAGAGCACCGCCCCGCUGGGAAAUUCCUGCCACCACCUGGCAGGAGCUCCAGGACUGAAGGGAAGACCACAGUGGGUGAGAGCUGGAGGUGCCGAGCAGAAUCCCUGUUCUCCUUCCUGCAAGCAGGGGCACAGCUUCUGUGCACGGUGCUGCUGAUCAAACCCGGGCUGUGGAGCCAGGGGCUGCCCAGGAUCCUCAGGGAUCUGCACCUGGAGAAAUUCUGCGUGGUCGGGAUGAAGCACCUGGAGCUGGGAGUGGCUGCUGCUGCCUCUCUGCUGCCCUGGGAGCUGCAGCAGGACCCAGCUGCUGUAGAAGCUCACUGUGCCUACCUGACCUCAGGCACUGCCCUGGUGCUGUGCCUGCAGAGACCCAAUGCUGUGAAGAAGCUGCUGGAUCUCCUGGGACCAGAGGAUCCUCAGCUGGCCCAGGCACUGGAUCCACACCUCUGGAGGGCUCAGUAUGGCACCAGCACAGUCCAGAAUGGAUUUUAUGGCUCCAGAUCCUAUGCAAUGGCAGUGCAGGAUGUGAAGCUGUUUUUCCCAGAAGGGCUGUGCUGUGCCCAGGCUCAGCCAGUGCAGGAGCAGGAGAUCCAUAACCUGAAACACGACCCCAUCCUCAGCCUGGGAGUCAGGAAACAGCACAAGAUCCUGACCCAUGAGCCAGGAAAACACCCCAGUGUCCUGGGCUCUGAGCAGCCAGGCAGUCCUGGUAAGGAAAUGUAACUCCUCUUAUGGAUUGGGGCUGCUAUUGAUUAAUUGGACAGCAAGACAAACCAUCUGGUGGCAGCAAGAUUGGGUAUUGAUGUGCUUUCAGAAGGGAGAGACAGCUCUGAGCUGCGGAGAACAGCUCCAGGGGAGUCCAGCCUUUAACUGUUCACCUGCCAGCCCUUCAGGGCUUUACAGACAGAGCUGUCCAUGAAGUCUGACCUUAACAGCAGCAGCAGCAGAACAAGCACUGACAGCACAGCUGCAGUCAGAGCAGUGCUUGUUCCUCUCUGAGCCCUCCCAGGUGUCUCAGCACAGCCCUGGUGGCUUGUGUCCAUCCAGAGCCUGCCCUGGAGAGGCUGCAGGGCUGGGCAGGGUGAGCUGUGCUGUGCUGGGAGUGGAUAAAUGUCAGCUGGUGCAGGGAGUGCUGCUGGCAGCGUGGCCAGAGGCCUCUCCUGAGCUGAGCUGAGCUCUCAUUCAGCUCCCAGUGCUGCUGAGCAGCUGCCAGCUCCAGAUGACUCCCAGCCAUGGCCAGGCUGGCUGUGAUUGGGAGCUGGAGCCUCAGCCAGGCUGACACUUUCUGAAUGCAGCAGCUCCUCAAGGCUUCUCCUGCUGAUUUGGCUUGAUGGACAUGUGUAAACACAGCUGUGCUGC